AUGCCGUGGGCAACCAAGUUUGUCGGCGUGGGCCCCGCGAAGCUGGAGGUAGUGAUGGACAUGGUGUCGAACCUGAAGGGGGUGACGUUGAAGGCGGAGGACAUGGCGGCGCCGCCCUGUUCUUGGCAGGCGACGAGGCGAGGUACGGCAGCAGCCACAACCUGUUCUUCGACCCGUUUCAAGCUGGAGGGCAGGGUUGCGCUAAUCACCGGAGGAAUCAGCGGAAUUGGCGAGAUCACGGCUAGAGUCUUUGCGCACCACGGCGCCAAGGUGGUCAUCGCCGACGUCAACGACUCGCUUGGCCAAUCCGUCCGCGACUCCCUUGGCCAGGACACCGCCUCCUACGUCCAUUGCGACGUCACCAAUGAGUCCCAAAUCAAGGCCGCUGUUGCCGAGGCCGUCUCCGCCUAUGGCAAGCUCGACAUCAUGUUCAACAAUGCUGGGAUCACCGACCCGAACAAGGCUCGCAUCGUCGACAAUGACAAGGCCGACUUCGAGCGCGUCCUAGCCGUGAACGUCACCGGCGUCUUCCUCGGGGUGAAGCACGCGGCGCAAGCCAUGAUCGCGGCGCGGCGCGGCUGCAUCAUCAACACUGCCAGCAUUAGCUCCAACAUUGGCGGUUCCGCCUCGCACGCCUAUACGUGCGCGAAGCACGCCGUACUGGGGCUGACAAGGAACGCCGCCGUGGAGCUAGGGCAGUUCGGGAUCCGGGUCAACUGCUUGUCACCAUUCGGCUGCGGGACCCCACUGGCAACAAAGUUCGUGGGCUUGGGCCCAGUGGAGAUGGAGGCAUUGAUAGGCGCUACGGCGAACCUGAAAGGGGUGACAUUGAAGGCAGAGGACGUGGCGAACGCCGCUCUGUUCUUGGCAAGCGACAAGGCAAGGUACGUCAGCGGCCACAACCUGUUCAUCGACGGUGGCGUCACGGUUGUCAACCCAUCGUUCCACAUGUUCCAGUAUCCGCCCGAGGAGGCCUGA